AUGGUGGAAGAGACUCAACCCCAGGAGGUGCCGGCCGCUGCGCCGGGCGUGCAGAUUGCCAAGCUGCCCGGUGGCAAGCCGGACUCGAAGGCGCACAACGAGGAGAUGGAGCGCAUCAAGGCCGAGAUCGACAAGGUGCAGAAGAAGGUGACCGGCGUGCGCGCUGCGCUCUCGGGCGAGGGCCAGGACACGCCGGCGGGCAAGCGCCGUGCGGCGCUGCGUGCGGAGCUGGACUCGCUGCGUUCGCAGCAGGCGGGUCGCAAGGGCACGCGCGGCAAGGUCUUUGACGAGAUCAAGGCGCUCCAGGACGACAUUGCGUCCAAGGUCAAGGCGCUGCAGGCCGCCAAGUCCAAGGCGCCGUUCAAGUCGCAGUCGGAGGUGGACGCGCAGAUCGCACAGAUCGAGGCGCAGAUCGAGUCGGGCGCGAUGAAGAUUGUCGAGGAGCGCAAGGCGCUCAACGAGAUCUCGGUGCUGAAGCGCUCGCGCAAGUCGCUCGACGGACUUACCGCGCAGCAGACGCAGAUCGACCAGCUGCGCGCCGAGGUCGAGAAGCUCCGUGGCUCGCUCGACGACCCCGAGAGCCAGGCCGUCUCGCGCCGCUACGACGAGAUCAAGCAGGAGUUGGACGCAAUGAACAAGGAGCAGGAGAAGACGGUCGGCGGCCGCAGCAAGCUUCUCUCGCAGCGCACCGCCCUCUCGAAGCAGCUCGACGACCUGUACCAGCUGAAGCGCGACCGCCUCACGGCCUACCACGGCGAGAACGACAAGUACUACGCCAGGAUGACGGCCGAGCGCGAGCGCCGCCAAGAGGCGCAGAAGAAGGAGCGCGAGGAGGCCGACGCUAUCCGCCAGGCGCACGAGGACGAGGAGAUCCGCGAGAAUGCCGCGCUUCCUGCGUUCGCCAAGGAGAUUGAGGACUGUGACGUGCUCAUCCGCUACUUUAGCGGCAACGCAAACGACGCGCCCGCGCAGGCCGACGCGCCCGCCAAGGACGCCGCCGUCCCGUCGCUGCCCGAGCCCCGCAAGGCCGACACGAGCGUGCCCGAGGGCGCGGUCGUCGCACGCAAAAAGGGCGAGGAGGAGGAGAACUACUUUGUCGCCGCCUCGGGCAAGAAGAGCAAGGGCAAAAAGGCCAAGGGCCAAAAGCUCACGCUCGACCAGGCCGACGAGGCGAGCGCUUCGGGCGCGCUCCACGUGCCGUUCGGCAUGCUCUCCGCGCUGCUGGCGCUGAGCAUUCCGCCGCCCAUGAACCAGGGCGACCUCGCGCGCGUGGUCGACAAUGUGAAGCUCAAGCGCGAGUACUUCGUCUCGAACCAGGCUCGCCAGACGAAGGAAAACAUCGACAAGGCCGAAAAGCUGAUUGCCGAGCGCGUGACCAAGCGCGAGGUGCAGGCAUAG